GUCGCCAGUGAAACUUUGUGCGUGCCGCGCGCGUAAUGACGCUUUUUACUGGAUGCCAUGCUCACAAGCUGAGGACGUGAUCCGGGACUGCACGUGCGCUCUCGGGGUGACUUUUACGGCAAGUUUUUCGGGCCCUGAAGGCACCAUGGAGGCAGAUAACCUGCGUCCGUUCAGCACGCCCUGCGUGAGAGGUUGUUUCCUGGAAGUGUCCGCGCGUCUCCAGAGACCUCUCCAUCUCCGCGCCUCCUCCUAGGAUGCGCCGUGUUUUAUCCCACCGCAUCGCGCACGUUUGACGGACGUUUCCCGCAGAGACUGAACAUGUGGAGCCGCGGUGUGCUGAGAAACUCCGCCGGACUUUCGGCGCUGCGCUCCUGCCUGCUGCUGCUCUUCAUUCACAUGAGCGCACCGCUGGAGGCGCGCAGGGUGCGCGGCGGCGGCGGCGGCGGCCGAGCGCAGGCCCGCCGGGUGCAGCAGCCGCAGCCUCCGGCGUACAGGGAGCGGGUGGAGGGGGCGGAGAGCUUCCCGUUGGACUUCACAGCAGUGGAGGGCAACAUGGACAACUUCAUGGUGCAGAUCAAGAACUUAGCGCAGUCGCUCUAUCCCUGCUCCGCGCAAAAGCUGGAGCAAGACAUGAGGCUGCACUUUCUGAAGAACUCCUCUGUGACUUGCAAUGACGGGUCACCUGCGGGGUACUACAUCAAGGAGUCGAAAGGCAGCAGGAGGUGGCUGCUGUUCUUGGAAGGUGGAUGGUACUGCUUCAGCAGACAGACCUGUGACAGCAGGUACGAGACCAUGAGGAGACUAAUGAGCUCCACCAAGUGGCCGCAAACCAGAACCGGAACAGGUAUUCUGUCUCCACAGCCGGAGGAAAACCCUCACUGGUGGAACGCCAACAUGGUGUUCAUCCCGUACUGCUCCAGUGACGUGUGGAGCGGCGCCGCCCCAAAGACAGAUAAUAGUGAUUAUUCGUUCAUGGGCUCUCUGAUCAUUAAGGAGGUGGUGAACGAGCUGCUGACAAAAGGCCUGGACAGCGCCAAGGUUCUGCUCCUGGCAGGCAGCAGCGCGGGCGGCACAGGUGUCCUGCUGAACGUGGACCACGUGGCGGAGCAGCUGCGGUCCCGGGGCCACGGGGGGGUCCAGGUCCGCGGCCUGGCCGACUCCGGGUGGUUCCUGGACAACAAGCAGUACAAGUUUACAGACUGCCUGGACACCAUCAGCUGCGCCCCCACCGAGGCCAUAAAGCGAGGCAUCAGGUACUGGGGCGGACUGGUGCCGGAGAGCUGCCGACAGGCCCACGUGGGCGAAGAGUGGAAGUGUUUCUUUGGAUAUAAAGUCUUCCCCACGUUAAAGAGCCCCGUGUUCGUGGUGCAGUGGCUCUUCGACGAGGCCCAGCUGACGGUCGACAACGUGCACCUGACCGGGCAGCCCGUGCACGAGGGCCAGUGGAGGUACAUCCAGAACCUGGGCCAGGAGCUGAGGAGCACGCUGCACGACGUACCGGCGAUGUUUGCUCCGGCGUGUCUCUCUCAUGAACUCAUUACAAGAACAUACUGGAUGGAUAUUCAGGUGAAAGGCACGUCGCUGCCCAGAGCGCUGCACUGCUGGGACCGCAGCCUCCACCACAGCCUCCGGGUCAACGGCAGCCACGGCGCCCACGGCCCGCAGAGGGCCCGAGGCUGCCCCCUCCGCCUGAUCGACAGCUGCCCCUGGCCGCACUGCAACCCCUCCUGCCCCACCAUCCGGGACCAGGCCACGGGGCAGGAGAUGAGCGUGAUCCAGUUCCUCAAGCACGUGGGCUUCGACGUGCAGAAGAUGGCCCAGCAGCAGGGGAUGGACCCCCGGAAGCUGCUGGGCAUGCUCAACAACGGGAGCUGAGGACAGUCAACACAGCACGCAAGACUGGAGAGAGACAGCUACGACGAGGCGCGUCGUCUUCCAUUCAUUUAAAAAGAGAUCUGAAGACACAAGUACAAUCAAACUGGAAAGUUUGAGCUGUUUAAACGAUAUAUGUACGGGACCGCGUCGGGUCCACAUUAAACUUACAGAUAUGAUAUUAUCCUGGAAGCCGCAGUGAUAUGUACUGUAUUAAUGUGUGUGUGAGCAGGUGAGAUGAUGGCGAUAGCGGUCUGUAGAGUCUGGAUAGGACCGUUUGUUGUUUUGGGGCUUAAUUUGCGGCGCCCUCUUCUGUCCGCUCAGACAAUCACAGUCACACAUCUGCCCAGCUGCUGUUCCUGCCCUCCACCAAAUAUGCUGCUUUUUCUCCUGUUGGAAAAAUAAAUAAUUUAAUGGGUAAUAUUUACUAAUAAACAGAUUAUUACUUUGUUCUUCA